AUGUUGGGAUUGAACGGUGGCCACACUCAAAACGACCCUGUUCUUGUUCAAUCAUCCGAUCAGACCCACGACCAGAAAGCACCCGACGCAACAACAUACGCCUCUCCUCCUAGAGAUGGAGUUACUCCGGCAGCAUGGGGAACCGGAUGGCGGUGUCCGACUAUGAUGGUCGUAUUGGUCUUUAGUGGGGCGAUGUUUUCGAUGGGCCAUCACUUAUACUACCAAAGCCUCGACAACACCCGUGUCAACUCCGUCGACCAACAAACCUGGGCAAUUCGAAUCGGAACCGGGUUUGCUUUCCUGAUUAAAUCAUUUUUUGUGUCGGCGAUUGGGAUCGCAGGGGUGCAACAGAUGUGGGCCACUCUCCGUCGCAAGUUUGUGAAGAUUCGCGGGAUCGAUGGCAUGUUUUCCGUCUUGACCAGCCCGCUCGGUUUGCUCACCUUGGACGUUUGGAUGUGUGCGAAAACGCUCGUCCUACUUUCAAUUAUGUCAUGGCUUAUCCCAUUAACGGCCAUUGUUACACCUGCUACCUUAACCAUCAAUCUCCUGACAACCACAAAUAUUACCAAUAUACGUGUUCCCACUGUGAACUUCGCCUUGGAUGCUUUCUGGCAUCCCUGGGCAACCUUCCAUGGGGCGGGAAUGAUUUCAUCGCCCGCAGCCACCAUCGACCGCUUAUUUACAGCUACUUACUCGUCUGCCGAAGUGGUCCCAUUCUCUGCACCUUCCCCUAACUCAUCAUACACUCUAGAAUUCUGGGGCCCUUCAUACAAGUGCCAAAAGCUGAGUGAAGCUGUCGUGGAGAUGAAGGGGAUGAACCUUUCAGAUUCAGCGAGAAAUUAUGGUUCCUUGCAGAAUGAGUGGAAUUACCAGGUUGCCAACAAAAGCCUCAGAUUCCCCGUUGUAUACUCGACAGCUGUUAGUACAGCCCUUAACAACACCAUUUACGUGUUCGCCACAGGAUCAAACCCCCUAUGGAACGACAAUGCCACACAACCAACCGAGCUUGUCUGUCAGCUUUGGAAUACCUCAUACGUGGUAAACCUAAAUUUUACGAACGGUAUCCGGACUCUCACGCCUAUAUCAACGAAGCAUGUGGCACGCUCGAAUUGGGACGGAAGGUCUGGCGAGCUCACUACAACUGACUUCCCUCUGGAGUCAGAUGUCAAUGGUGGUUUCUACCUGACUCACUUGCUAUUCUCUGAUCUCUUGCGAAGUACCAUGAUCAUCAGCUCUAUCGGGUCAUUGACAACCUUUUUGACGUCCACAUUGCGAGCAACCAAUUGGGAAUCCCCCACGAGGUCAAUACAGCAGACCGGUCUUUUCGCAUGUCCAGAUGUGUGGAACAGUACAGACUACAAUUUGCUACGUCUUGCAACUCCGGAAUCUGCGCUUUGCCGGAAUAAAACAUUAGCCCGGGCAAUAGAAGAUCUCUCGCACAACUUCACCUACAGUCUGCUCAGUCUCAAUGGCGCGAACUCCAGCUUGCCUGUGACAAUCUCAUCGCCCCAGAAUUUUUACUCUUAUGAUAGUAAAAACCUGCUUGCGGCUUAUAUGACCGCGCUCGGUGUCACUGUUGCCUGUGUGAUCGUUGGAUUGUUUGCUUUGCGCGAGAAUGGCGUUGCCCAGAGUACCUCCUUCUCCAGCAUGCUGAUGACGACUCGAAACCCAGAAUUGGACCAUCUGACCAAAGGGCAUUGUCUGGGAUCCGAUGUGGUUCCGGAUGCGAUUGGUGAUAUCAAGUUACGAUUCGGGGAGGUCGAGGGCUCGGAACAGUACAAGCAUGCUGCAUUUGGAACUGAAGAGACGGUGGCUCCUAUGUCUAAGGGGAAAGAGUAUUACUAG